AUGGACUGGCGUGGGCGAGAACCGGCGAAGACCGCCGCGUAUUUGCUUCCGCCAUGGACCAGGGCGUCCGUGGCGCCGGCUGAGCAGCAGCGCCAUGUGCCAUUAUUGCCUGCUCCCAGUGGCGCCGACGACGGUGGCUCUGGAUCGGUGCAGAGAUGUGGCGAGGACGCCGACGACGAGAAGGUGGAGAGGUUCUACAAGCUGCUCGCCAACAUCCGGGCCCUGAGGGGCCUAUGUAGCGCCGGGGAGAGCGGAUCGGCUGCCGGCCGGGGGAGGAAGCGGGCGCGGGAGGCGGAGGCUCCGUGGAGGCCGGCGUUCCGGAUGGAGGACUUCGAGGAGGUCGGUCAGGUCCCGGCCGACGCACAGUGCGCCGUGAAGAAUAGGGGCGCCGGCGUCGGCGUGAGGCUGCUGUUGACGGUUAAAAUUGGCAUCAACCGGUCUGACCCAGCAGUCUGAUCGGUCUGGAGCUAUAGUCUGUCCGGCUGGAGACCGACUAGUCUGACCGGAGACCGACUAGUCUGACCGGUGGGUCCGACCGGUCUGACCAGUCUAAGAGGAGUCCGACUGUAAUUAGAGUUUUUAAUAUAUUUAUAUCUAUAAAAGGAUUUCUUUCGGGAUAAGUCAAUCUCACUCUAUAA